AUGACACCUUCUGCCGAAUUAAACUGUUGGCCCAUUCCAUUUUACUCUCAUGCUCGAAGCAUAGCCGGGCCUACUUGGUCCAUCGGCGCCUGUUGUGACGACACCACAUCGCCUCCUCGCCCUGACAACAGCAAGUCUCUCCGCUACCGUCUGAAACCUAUCCUGCCAGUUCCGCCCCACUCGGAUCGCGGCAAUUUGCAAAUUCGCCCAUCGGACGCUUCUGCUCCAUUCAUCAGACUGUUGGAGUGUGUCUGUCUGUAUGUAUCCACAUAA